AUGUCGGCUUUUGUAGCUUUUUUCCAUUCCGAAUUUUUUUUUCUUUCUCUUUUCCUGCUUUUCUCUCUUUUGCAAUACUCGCUGAAAAUCUCUCUCUCUCUAUCUCUCUCUCUCUCUCUUUUUCUUUUUUACAAGUUUUUUUCCUCUUAUUUUUUCCGCUUUAUUUGUCUGUCUCUUUUCACCGACACUUCAGAACAUCCACUUUCCCGGCUGAAUCUUCUCGCCUACCGCCAAGGCUGCCAACAUUUUCCUCCCAGAUGUUUCAAUCUCUUAUGUCCUGCCCCAGAGUCGGCAUCUAACUUUAACUCUUGCUAUGGUACCUUUGUUACUCUCUCUCUCUCUCUAUCUAUCUAUCUAUCUCUCCCUAUCUAUCUAUCUAUCUAUCUAUCUAUUUCUUUCUUUCUUUCUUUCUUUCUUUCUUUCUUUCUUUCUUUCUUUCUUUCUUUCUAUCUAUCUAUCUAUCCCCUCCCGUCCUUGCAGACUUGGUAUGUUCGUGCGAGCGCGCCUUCUCUCCAUCCCAACCUCCCUUGUACCUUUAUACAUAUCUCUAUUUUUUUCUCUUUCGAUCUGUCUGUCUGUCUCUUUUUCUUUUCUUCUUUUCUUUGUAUUCCCUCAAUCCCAUUUUUUUCUCUCAAUGUUUUCUUCACUUUCCCUCUUUCGAUCUUUUUCUUUUUUAUAGCUUUAUCCUGUCAAUUUUUUUUUGUUUUCAUUUCAUUGACUCGCAUGACUGUCUUACGUACAGUAUAUCCUUUCCUUCUCUUCUCUCUUCUGCAGUUCUCUCGCUCCAUCUAUCUAUCUCUCUAUCUUGGUGUCUCUACCCGCUGUUAUCUUUUCUAUUUCCUCUUUUUCUAUCUUUCUUUUUGUAUUUUCUAG